CGUUUCUCAGUCUACACAAGGCUGGAGAGAAACAGAAGGAGAGCAGCAGUCACUUUCCUCUCAUAGACUUCAUCUCUCUGCAGUUUCAGCAGAUACUGGAGCUAAUGGAGCUAAUGGAGCUCCCGUGGGAACACCACCACAACGCUAACAGUGCUAGGAGAGUAAACUAGCGAGGCGGUUAGCAGCAGCUUAGCUUCACCCUCUGAUACGAAAGCGUCGUGCUGCCUUUAUAAGGAGGCGUCCAUUAACCAUGAUGAAGAAAAAGAAAUUCAAGUUUAAAGUGGACUUUGAGCUGGACGAGCUGUCUUCGGUGCCCUUCGUUAACGGGGUUCUGUUCUGUAAGAUCCGCCUGCUGGACGGCGGCUUUUCGGAGGAAUCGUCACGAGAAAUGGUCCAGGCAAACUGUGUGCGCUGGAGAACCAGUUUCUCGUUUCUAUGUAAAAUGAGCGCCAGUGCUGGAACAGGAGUUCUUGAUCCUUGCAUAUGCCGUGUUUCUGUCAGAAAGGAACUGAAAGGUGGGAAGACUUAUGCAAAGCUGGGCUUUGCUGAUCUGAACCUGGCUGAGUUUGCAGGAUCUGGGAGCACCACACGCCGCUGUUUACUGGAGGGCUAUGACACCAAGAAUACCAGGCAGGACAAUUCCAUUUUGAAGGUGAUCAUCUGUACUCACCUUAUGUCUGGAGAUCCUUGUUUCAAAACACCUCCAUCCACAGCUACAGUGAUUGGGAUCCAGGGGGAUGGAGAGAGUCUGCUGGAAGAGCGAAGAGGUGGAGACACCCAGAAACCCUUUCUGGGGCUCUCGGAAACCACAGGCAAGGGUGGCUCUCUGCCAGAGGAGCUGGGGGUGGGUGGUCAUUCCCGAACCUCCAGCUAUGCUAGUCAGCAGUCUAAAGUAUCAGGCUAUAGCACGGGUCACUCGCGCUCCUCCAGCCUAUCAGAGUUCACCCAUAAAAGGAACACAUCAGUUGGUAGCGCAUCCACAGGCAUUGCUAGCAUCCCUGAGCCUAGUGAGGAGAGCCUGAGCUCCACAGCACUUGCUGCUGCUACCCUCGGAGCCUGUAGCACCCUGUCAUUAAAUCCUGCGACACCAGAACGAACUUCUUGCAGGCACCCAAUGAAGCAGGACUCGAUGGAAUCUCAGCUGAAACGAGUGGAUGCCACUAGAGUUGAUGCUGAUGAUGUGGUGGAGAAAAUCCUACAGAGCCAAGACUUUACUCCUGGCAUGUUUGACUCUAGCACUGAAGAGGAGGGUCUUCGUUUAUUUGUGGGUCCUGGAGGAAGCACAGCACUUGGCAGCCAUCAUCUACCCGCAAGGGUUGGUGCUGGUGCCUACGAACAAGUGGUGAUCAAGCGCUAGUGCUGUAAGGUGCCAAGUAGAGAGGUGCCACAAACCAAAGUCAUGGAGAGAGGAGAGGGGGGGUUCUUCAAUCUCGCUUUUUUCCUGCAGUGUGGUUUUUUCCCCAUCCAUUCACUGCUGGUGGAGCUGGUGAAGAUUUUCAAAGAGCAGCUUCUGCCAUCAUUGUGGAGGCGUUGGCUCCUCUGAGACCUGGGGUAACUUAACUUUCCAAUCCCGACACUCCCUGCUUUCCUCUUUGACUUGCCUAUAAAACAUUCAACAAAGGAAGGAAACUGGCCUUACCUGUUGGAAGAGGAAAUGAUCCUCGCAGUGUUUUGCUUGGUUGGUGGUUCCAGGCUUUUGUCAGCUUUGUGGUGAGAAUAUUAGCUCAUCAUUUGGAUCUUGUGUAUUCAGGGGUAUAGGUUCCAUUAUUUAAAGUUUUAAUAUAUGGACAUAUUUAGGUGAGCCAUGCAUCAGUAUAUCAGUAUUUGUGUGUGUGGAUGGGAAUUUUGGAUGCAGUGUUGCAGCAUUCAAAAAGGUCACCACCAAUGUGUAGCACUUCCUUGUGCUGAUCUUAUGACACAAUAAGGGGAAAUUGAACAAACUAGCUGGAAUUGGGCAGACAGUCUGACAGUAGAGAAGAGAAUACUUACUGAACAAAGCUUCACCUUUACAUUUAUAUAAAAGAGUAAUUCGUUCUGAAAGCACUUAAUAUUAUAAUAGAUAGAAUAGUUGUCAGUUUUCGUAUGCUGUAGUUUGUCAGAUUUGGACAUUAGUUUAUCUUCUUAGUUUGUCAGACAUGGUUUGUUUUCAGCUGCUCUGUUGUUAUUGGUUGUCAGUGUGCAGUUCAGUUUAAGUCUAAAUGUUUAACAAUUGUUUGCACAUCAGCCAUUACAAGUAUUGUCUCACUCCUUCAGCAUAGCAACAACUGGGCCAAAGUUACUCAGACACUGCCAUUUCAAAAACUGGACUGUGUAUUCAAGCAGUUUGACCUUUCAGUUAUAAUUGUUCCAUGUUCACAUUAUGGCUCCACUGAUCCCUGAGAGCUGAGAUAUGACUGAGAGCCAAAGGAAAGGAAUUCACAAUAGUUUAUUCUAGUGAAUUAUAGCCUUUGCAGCUGUGAAAGCAGUUUUCAUUGUUUUACAUUUUAUUUGAGGUGCUAGAGAAAUGUAGUCCGACAUGACCAUCUUUUACCUAACUUGUACUAUGUACAUUUAUUGCGGUCCUCAUUUUUUUUAUAUCAGAAAUGCUACAAACUCCAUACUAAUGUCUAUGAAAUGUUUGGGCAUAUCAGAUUCUGAUGUAUUGUGGCACCAAAAGAAUUUUGAAAUACUUGUUUGUAUGUACUUAUUCUGUUUUUUUUGUCUGCUGGUGUAAACAUGAACCAGGUUCUCUAUGGUUAUAUUUAUGUGCCAUAUUAAAAGCCAUAUGUUUUAUGAAGUGAGCCCACUUCUUGUGUAUGUGUUUUGAAACAGGACUAGCCAUGUAGAGCUAGAUUUCAGACCUAUCAAAAGCAUAGGUCAUGGGUACGUUCAAUAUCUCUUGGGUAUAAAUGGCUGUAAUAACUGAUUACAUUGCAUCUGUCAUAUCAUGGCCAUCAUAUCAGAAGCCUGGUGAAAUGGAUAGAGUUAAGCCAGGGCCCUACACCAUUACAAAACAUCAGUAUUGUGUUUUAUAACACGGACCAGUAGGUUUCCAUAGAGCAGUGUUUCAUGCAAUAUCUCUUUACAGUGUACAAUAACAGGAUCCCUAAAUAUCUGACUAGUUGACAUUUUUUGUGUAACCUUGUGUUGUAGUAAACACCAUGGUGUUUUUUUUUAAAUCUCUUCUGUGAAGCUUUUGCUCCUUGUACUAUACUACUGUACGUGUCAUGAUGUAACGGUGACGAUGCUUUUUACUGUUCUGCAUUGCUAUUGUGAUCUUCAGCUCCUUUUAACCAAUGCUGAUCAUGUGUACCGCACACUGUUAAAUAAACACAGUACAAAACCUUGA